AUGGGACCAGCUUAUGCUAGUGAGUCAGCACAAAAAUCAAACUACUUUUUAGAACAUCAAAGUAAUAAUCCAUUUCUGCAACAAAUUGAGAACGAGGAAUUCUUCAAAACUAGUAUUAUAUUUGGCAAGCCAAUUAAGGAUUAUCCUCUGGAAGAAAUCUUGCAAAAGGAUUUGAAGAAAGUUUUGGUACUGAAAAAAGAUUUGACCAAUGAAAAGAAAUGCUGUGGUUAUCAUACGAAAUUUCUAUCAAUAACAUAUUGGCAUGAGGAAUAUGCCAAAGAUUUAUUGAAAAUCUUGGCGGAUAUCUUAAGAUUUAAGAGAUAUAAUAAAAUGGUGUUUCCCCUAAACAUAACUGUGGGUGAAUCUUUAUUUUAUGAAGAUAUUUAUAAAUUAACUCAACAGGAACUCAUUGAUAUACCAGCCAGUUUGAUACUUAGCACUAAAUUGUGGAGUUUACACAAAAAACUUAGAUCCUAUACUAUACGAUUUAAUGACAUCUUGAUGAAUUUAAAUAUUGUGUCUGGCAUGUUUGGUGGCUCCUUUAAACUACUGCCAAAUCCUUCAAAAAGUUUACGUUUAUUAUAUAUCAGCACAUUCCUUUCCGGUUUAACUUAUACAAUUAUAUUAUCCACAAGAAUGCAAGUCUUUCUUACAUAUCCUUAUACCUAUCGCAUAAAAAGUUUAAAAGAUUUAUCUUUCUAUAAUUUACGUGUCUUAAUUCCUAAAAACGAUUACCUAUAUAUGAUGCAAUAUUAUAAUUUUUCAUCUGAACGUAUGUCCAUAAUCUUCAAAGUUGCUCAAAACUAUAAGGAAUUUUCUCAAGCUCAAUCUUCUCUCAAUACUUCAUAUGCCUAUCCCAUUUCUUCGUCUCUUUGGUUUAUGUAUAAUGCUCUCCAAACUUAUAGGAAUAAACCGAUAUUUCGUUUAACUCGGAUGUGCUUUCCUAACACGUCUCUCAUGACCUUCGUUUUACCUCCUGAUUCAUUGUUUAUGGAUUCGUUAAAUCGUUUGAUUACACGUGCACGUGAUAUGGGCCUAUUGGAAUUUUGGCUUAAGACCAGCUAUAUUGAUUUAGUGAAAAUGAAAAUGAUAUAUUUGCAGAAAGAUCGUAUAGUUGUAAAAAAGUCUGUAAUGGGAAAUAUUAUGGUAUCGAUUUUGGAACAAAAGAAAUAA